CACAAAACAUUAUGAAUAGAGAACAAUGAAAUCUACCUGGUUAUAAUAAUCAUUGUUAAUUUGUGACCUUGUUUGCAGAGCAGAAAUGAAGAAGACAACAGCAACACAGAAAAAAUCAAAAGAGGUCGAUACAGCAACGGAAAUGCCAGAGCAGCCAGAAACAAGGGGUACUAAAGCUGGUGCUAAGCGCAAGGCUAAAAAAAAAGACCUCCCAAAGCACCAAAAAACAAAAAAACCAAGAACAACUCCAGAAAAGUCAUUGAUUACAGACCUUGAAUACCUGCAAACAAGGAUGUCACCAAAGCACUUUAGGGAACUCUUGUCUUCACUAAACCCUGCACAGCAACAGGCAGUUCAGGACAUCGGCUUUGGAUCAAUGCUAACAUUGACCGUUUUUUAUUGGGAUAGUAGGUUAACAAGAUACCUACUCGAGCAGUUUGAUCCCUAUAAAUGCUCAUUAGAUUUACAGGGUGAUCAGAUGCGGAUUUCUGCUGAUGAUGUCUAUAGCACACUGGAGCUCCCAAACGGACAAUACCAUGUCAUAGAAGGUACAUCAGAAACUGAACCAGAAGAGUAUGUUAAUCUUCUGACUGAAUGGAGGCACAGAUGGGAAGUAACAAAGGGUUCACCACUCACGAGAAGCAUGCCAGCGAAGAUGAUUGAACGAGGAGACAGUGGAGAUUGGUUCAAGCGGGAUUUUGUUAUCAUGUUGGUGUCCAGCCUACUCAAAGGGAACCAGAGCAGGAAUGCAGCAUACAAGGUCCUGUACUCACUGGCUGAUGUUUCAAGAAUUAAAGACUUGAACUGGUGCGAGUACACUUUCAAGUCUUUGAUUGACUCUGCUGAAUCUUGGAAAAAGAAGCCGAAUGCAUACUUCUGUGGCCCUGCACUGUUUCUGAUGUUGACAUACCUUGACCGUUUGGAAUUCAAAGGGAAAAAGAUACAAAGAAUAGCUCCUGCAAUUACAUCAUGGACUGAAGAGAAGGUAAAGGAAAGAAUAAAGUCAGAAGUAUUAUCUGGACAAUUUGGAAGGGGAAAGGUAAUCCCACGAUUUGAACGGAAAGAAGAACGUGUACAUGAGAGGAUUGAUGAGAAUGUCCAAGCUGAAUUGUCUGAUGAGUCUUUAAAGAAGGUCACUUCUGUCUUGAGGAAGAUGGCUGACACAGUGGUUGAAUUUGCUGAGGUAAUGGCUGAGAUUGGCAACACCAGGACUGGAGGUGGAAUAAUCAAGAGAACAUUUGAAAAUAUUGCUGAAAUGAUCAACGGUGUGUCCUGUUCUAAACCUCCCCAACAACAAGGUCUGCUAGAUGAUGAUGACAUCUUCAAUCAACCGAGCUUUCUUGAUGCAGUCAGUGCUCUUGAGCAAGCAUUCUUACAGACAAGGAAAAAUUACCCAGCUCAGCCAGCACAGCCUACAACUUCACAUGGAACAACCCCAAAAUAA